AGACGAACUGAACACAUUUGACAAACACGAACGUGGGAGGCAGAAAGAAGCGUGUUACACAGGCUAAUAACCACUGGUUCAAGAUAAACGUAGUCUAUAUGCCAAAUAGCCUUUUGUUUGUUAUCAGUAUAUUUAUUUCCCAUCAGUCUCAGAGAAAUAUUUAUUUCUAGCUUGCUAGCUCAGCGACGUUCAUAUCUGAGGGCGUCCGAUUUCCCCUCCUCUUCAGAGGCAUUACGAUGCCCUCUGAUUUUAUAUCCCUACUCAGCGCGGAUCUCGACCUGAAUUCCCCCAAAUCCCUAUAUUCCAAAGAAUCAGUGUAUGACCUUCUCCCCAAAGAGCUGCAGCUGCCAUCCUCCACUCAGCAAAACCCAGCAGCAGCCAUGAGCCAGAAGAGUGGUGGAGAGGCGGUUCCUUCUCCCUCAGCUCCCCUUGACUCAGAUGCCACCAACGUCUCCUCUUCUAUGACCAUGGGAGGCCCUCGCAGUGCUUUUCCCACCUCUUCCAGCUCCACCAUGCACUCCACUACUUCAGCCAUCGACCAGACCUCUGCUCACACCAGCAUCGCCGCUCCAGACGAAGGUGUAAGUAGCAGAGCGGUGGCCGAGAUGCUUGGAGCCGAGGGCGGGACUGGCAACAGUGGGAGUGCUGGUGGCGGCAGGGCUGGCGGCGAGAAAGGAGGAGGGGCAGGAUCCCUAGGUGGAGGAGGAAGAGGGGGGGCAUCCCAGGAGGCCCAGCAGCAUCAGCAGAUGACCCCCUCCAAGAGGCGGACGGUGCUGAACAUCUCGCCUCCGCCCGAGGACCUGUUUGACGACAGCCGCAUGUCCUGCCAGGAGGAUCAGCUCCAGGACUCCGAGCAGAGCAACAGCAUCUGGAUGGAUGACUCCGCCUCCAACUUCAGCAUCGUCAGCUCCAGCUCCUACAACGACAACACAGAGGUGCCCCGGAAGUCCCGCAAGCGCACCCCCCGCCAGCGACCCGGGCCCAAGCCUGCCUCGGCCGAGGAGGCCAGCAUGGACGUGUUUGAUGCAGACAGUGCCAAAGGGCCUCACUUUGUGCUCUCACAGCUGGGCUCAGACAGCAAGGCCUGUACCAAAGGAAGUUCGGCAGAUGGCUCCCAAACAACCCAUCAGAAAGGUGGGACCCUAGCGAGCCAGUUCCCUCAGAAGAGUGAGGGCAAGGAGCUGAAGAUCCUGGUCCAGCCUGAGACCCAGCACAGAGCCCGCUACCUGACUGAGGGCAGCAGGGGGUCAGUGAAGGACCGCACUCAGCAGGGCUUCCCCACCUUAAAGCUGGAGGGUGUGAAUGAGGCAGUGGUGCUGCAGGUGUUUGUGGGUAAUGACGCUGGGCGUGUAAAGCCACAUGGGUUCUACCAGGCCUGCAGGGUGACGGGGCGCAACACCACAGCCUGCAAGGAGGUGGACAUCGAGGGCACCACUGUCAUUGAAGUGUCCCUGGACCCCAGCAAUAAUAUGACCCUGGCGGUGGACUGCGUGGGGAUCCUGAAGCUGCGUAACGCUGAUGUGGAAGCUCGUAUCGGGGUGGCCGGCUCCAAAAAGAAGAGCACGCGUGCCAGGCUGGUGUUUCGGGUCAACAUCCCCAGGUCGGACGGCUCGGUGCUCACGUUACAGACACCGUCGUCCCCCAUCCUGUGCACCCAGCCUGCAGGGGUGCCUGAGAUUCUGAAGAAGUCCCUCCAUAGUUGCUCGGCGAGGGGGGAUGAGGAGGUCUUCAUCAUUGGGAAGAACUUCCUCAAGGACACCAAGGUCAUAUUCCAGGAAAAUGUGUCAGAUGAGAAGUCUUGGAAGGCAGAGGCUGAAAUUGACAUGGAGCUGUUUCACCAGAAUCACUUGAUUGUGAAGGUUCCUCCAUACCAGAACCCAGCCAUCGUGUCUGCGGUGUGUGUGGGGAUCUACGUGGUGACCAAUGCUGGCCGAUCCCACGACGUGCAGCCUUUUACAUACACUCCCGAACCAGUGGACAUAUCUGUGAAGAAAGAAGUUCCAUCUCCAGGCAAGCCCUGCUCUUUUGAUCAACGGAUGAAAGUAAUUGAUGGUGCCUUGAUGCCCCCAAUGUUGCCUCUUGUGAAGAGAGAAGAGGUCACUCCAAUGGAGGUCUCCAGCAACCUCCCUUCUGCUGGCAUUUUCAAGCGAACCCCCGAUGUCAUGUGUUCGGUCCAGCAGACGCUGGACAUGAGUUCCAACCUUCCCCCCAACAACAGCCCGUUCUCCAACUCCUUGCCGCGGUCUGCCAGUGACCCUGAUGAAUCCCAAACAGCAGUCUUCAACAGUGCAGAGGCCCUGAGCACCAUACAGAAGCAGGACAUCGCUCCCACCAACUCCUUCCCCGUGCCUGCAGACUCUCUACUCCAACCUGGGCCUCAGCAGUUCCUCCUGGAGCCCAGAGAGGGGCUGGGGCAGGACAGGGCCGGCAACAACGCUGGGGCGGUAGGGAGGCUCAGUCAACAAGUGGAGGCCCCUCAACCUGCCCCCCAGCAGCACCAGCUGCCCAUAUUCCCCCCAGACGAGGUGGCCCAACUGGAACAAGCAGUGAGACAACUGCAGGCCAAAGGGUACUGCAGCCAGCAGCAACAGCGACAACAGCAACAGAUUCAGCAGCAACAAAUUCAGCAACAACAGCAGCAACAAAUUCAGCAACAACAGCAGCAACAAAUUCAGCAACAACAGCAGCAACAAAUUCAGCAACAGCAACUACAGCAACAACAGAUUCAACAUCAACAAAUUCAGCAACAACAGCAAAUUCAACAGCAACAAAUUCAACAGCAACAAAUUCAACACCAGCAGCAGCAACAGCAAGUGUUGGAGAACCUGCAGCAGCAGCUGUUUCAGUCACAGAUGCCCAUGCAAUGUGGCAUAUUCCAAGGCGGUUCUCGAGGUGAGAACACUGAACAGCAGGGUUCCCAGCAGGGCAUGGUGCAGAACCAUGGUUCCCUCUUUCAGCAGGCCCAACAGCAGCAGCAGCAACAACAACAGAAACAGCAGCAGCAAGCAGCACUCUUUCAGCAAGCCAAUGAGAUCCUCUCCAUUCAGACCAACUUCCUCCAUCAGACCCCUUCUCAUCCCUCUCCACCCCUCUUUCAUAACCCCAGCCCCCUGACUGAGGCACAGGACCCACAGGGGGCGCUGUUCCACACUCAGAAGGCCUCUCCCACCCAGGAGCAGGUCCAGGCAACCCUCUUCCAGAACACCCUGACAGUGUUGAGUAGGACCAGCCUCUCCCCAGAGCAGCCCCCCUCUCCCGCCAACCUGUUCCUCCCCCAGAGUACCCUGCCCGGGCAGCUCUCCGCUAGCGGUAGCCAGCAGCAGCAGCUGGCCUUCCUCAGUGCCCUGCAGACCUCUGCCACUGAGCCUCAGUCAGUGUUCCAGGCUCAGACCCAGCUUUCCCCCAUCCAGCAGGGAACCCCCAUGGAGCAGCAGCAGCCAUCCCAGCCUCAGCCCCAGCCUCAGCCACCUCAGCAGAACUCCAUGUUUCAGAACAUCUCCCCUCAUCCACCUGCAAACACUCUCUCUCAGACCCAGCAGCAGCAGGCCAGUCUACUGUUUUGCAGCAACCCCCUCUCCACUCCAGAGCAGGCCCCCAGUCUGCUGUUCAGUGGCCAGGGCCAGAUGCCCCCCAUGAGCAGCAGCAGCCUGAACUCUCAGGAGCCCCAAAACCCCUCCAUGCUGUUCUCUCAGGCCAGCAUGGUGACAGUUAGCCAGCAGGAAUCCUCUGAGCCCAUGGCCUUCCAGGACCAGAGCCAGGUGGUGGGGAACCCCUCAGAGCCUCGCCAGCAGGGCCUGUUCCAAGAGCAGCAGCCCAUGCAACUGAUCACCAGCUCCAACAACGGCCCAGAGCAGCCCGUCUCCCUCUUCAUGCCCCAAUCCAACAUGGCUGCCCUGCAGGGUUGCAUGGCUGCCCAGGAGCUCCCGCAGACGGGCAUCUUCAGCAGCCAGAAUGGGGUGGCAGGCCUGCAGACCACCACCUCCUCCCCUGUGCAGCAGCCAGGGUCUCUGUUCCAGACAGCAGUCAGUGGGACCCUCAACCAGCCCAGCGAGGUCCAGCAGCCAGGCCUCUUCCUCUUUGGGAUUCAGAAUGAGUGUGGCCAGCUGAUAACCUCUCCUGGAACCACUCUGUCUGAUCAGAUCAUUGCCAUCAGUCAGUCUGGUCAGAACCAGAGAGAGAGCGAGGCCCAGAUCCAGUCACUGCUCAACCAGUCCAUGUCUGAGUCAGGGAGCAUGCAGAGCAGCAUGACCGCCUCCCAGAACAUGGAGAAGAUAGAUGACCUGCUUGUUAGCCUGCAGGAGCAGGGCAACAACCUCACUCGCUCCUACUAGGCCUACUAUAGGUUUUAGGAGCCCCGAAGGCCCCCAGUGUGGACCCCCAUUACAGACUGCAGAAGACCCCAGUGUGGACCCCCAUUACAGACUGCAGAAGACCCCAGUGUGGACCCCCAUUACAGACUGCAGAAGACCCCAGUGUGGACCCCCAUUACAGACUGCAGAAGACCCCAGUGUGGACCCCCAUUACAGAUGGCAGAAGAAUGGAAACAAAUUCAACAGUGGGCUCCUGUCCAAACUCCAAGUUACAUGUAAGCCUCAGCGGCCUUCUUCUCCAAGGACAGUCUUCAUGUGUAGAUGCUCCACAGUGGCGCCGAGCGGGGUACCAGUCCGCCACUGCGUCUAAACCUGGACCUCAAAAUAGGACAUAGGUUGUAGUCACCCCAUAACUGCAGUGUGGUCAAUGUAUCUCACAGCUAGUCGCCUCCAGCUGUUAUUGAAACAUGACACUUUGAAAUGUUUGGCUAACUCAUCAGUUCUCAGAGCAGCACUUUGUGGUGUGGUUUUAUAAGGAUGGUGGUGGAAGCUCGCGCAGCAUUCUGUCUUCUCCAGGACCAGAAUGUGGGCUCACAAUUGUUUAUAACGCAUUGUUGUCCUUUUUAUACGAUAUUAAAAGUAUUUUAGGAAAUAGCAAAAGAAGAUAUACAAUUUGUGAAAAACAAACCUUUGUAAGAUAUUUUGACAUGAAUUCGUUCAGCACUUUACGAUGCUUUCCUUUAGUGACCAUUUACUCAUUAAGUUGGCCCAUGCAUUCACUCGUCAGCUAUUUAUCUCUCCUGCUGUUUACUGGAUGUACAGCUCGACUACUUUAUUACUCCUGCAUGUGUGUUGAGUUAUGGCUUUAGUUUUUAUUGCUCCUUUCAUGAAACACCCGUUUAUCUUAUUGGCAGCCAUCUUCCUAUCCUGAGAAUAACUCCAACUAUUUUAGUAUUACACCAUGGAUUUCUUUCCCUGAUUAGACUCUGGAGUACGAGAGAUGCUCUAGAUUAGGGUCAAUGUGGAUCAAGAAAAAAUACAAUAAUUCAGCCUUUAAAUCAUUCAUUUCCAGUCUACAUAAUUCAAUAAUAGGCCUACAGUUUGAAUAAAUCAUAACCAUAUAUGCGUACCAUAUACCAGUGCGCACGGUUGUCUGAUUGAUGUAAUUAAAGAGUAUAUUGUUAUUUGUAUCAUUCUAUGGCAAGUGUAGAUAAUGUGUUGUUUUGUAGUGAUGUCUCCAUGGCAGAUGUUUGUAUUAGCUCACGUCUGGCACGCACGAACUAGACUUAUCUAUAGAUCAGAGAGGAGUUUUCCGUAUGUUUGUCUUACUGUAAAACAGCAACUCUCUUGCCUACAGUGGGCCACCCCAGGACCUGAGUCAAGGCCUCAAGUCACAGCCUCCUUUUUCGUCUUCAUGAAUGGCCAGUUUCAUGGCUCUUAUUGAUUGGUGUGUUCAUAUUUGUCGUUUGAGACUAGCCAUGUUUUGACAUGGAGAAAAUGGUGAAAGUGACUGGAGCAGUUAUUUGUUUUGCCUUGACCAUGAAUGGUGGUUUGUAGUUGGAUUGUUCGUGUCAGGUGUGAUAUACAGAUGUAGGAUCUUAAUUUGAUCACUCUUUUGUUGCUGAGAAUUUUCCUGCACCGCAAGAAAUACAAACUUGUAGUUUUUCUUAUAUAUAUAUAUUGUACUUUUUACCCCCAAUUGGAUAUCACGAAAUUGGUAGUUGGUCUUGUACCAUCGCUGCAACUCCUGUACGAACUCGGGAGAGGUGAAGGUCGAGAGCCAUGCGUCCUCUGAAACUUGACCCUGCCAAGCCGCACUGCUUCUUGACACACUGCUCGCUUGACCCGGAAGCCAGCCGCACCAAUGUGUCGGAGGACACACUGUACAGCUGGCGACCAAAGUGAGCGUGCAUGCGCCCGGCCCGCCACAAGGAGUCGCUAGAGCGCGAUGGGACAAGGACAUUGUGCGCCACAUCAUGGUUAUUCCCAGUCAUGGCCAGCUGUGACACAGCCUGGGAUCGAACCCGGGUCUGUAGUGACACCUCAAGUGCUGCAGUGCUUCACCUCUCGGAAGGCAUGUGUAUUUAAGUUUUGAAAAGGUUUCUAAAGUUUGUAUUUUCGACUUUGAAAUUUCAGACUUGAUUUACCCUAAUGAAAAAUGCAUCAACCCCUACAAAAAUGUCCAUUAAUUAUAAUCCACAGAAUAAUUCACAUUUCCUUUUGCUGCAGGAUUAUUUUUCUGCUGUAGCAAACUGGUUCAAUAUAAGAUCCCACACCUGUACUGCUGCCAAACUGGUUUGUGCUUUUAUUCUCUACAUGUGAGUAUUGGGCUGAAGUGGAGCCAACAGUAAGAUUGUGUCUUGUUUUUAGUCUGAAUCUGAGUAUACGCAUGAACAAGGGGCUGGUCUCUGAUAACAACAAGAACAGCUUAGUUGAGUGUCUCCAUCUUUCUCUCUUAUUGUUGUUGUCUGUUAGUGUGUGUUCUUAACAUCAUUACCUUUUAUUCACUUUAAAAACAAGAAGAUUUUUAAAAUGUAGAGUAUUUAAACUAUUUUUAGUAAUGUGAUUGGUGGGGCCCCAUAUUCCCCAUCCCAGAGCUUGAGCUGUGUUCUUUUAGAUAUUUAAAGGGACCCUACUCAUGAAGAAUGAACCGUUAAGUUGCUUUAGAGAAAAGAGCUGUCUGUGAUUGGCUUUCUUCAACUCUUGUGAAAAACUAGUACUUUUGUUUCCAAUAGUCAUGAGUAUUUAUGUGAAUUUUUUAUAAGAUUUACAAAUAUUUUAUCAUAUCUUUUUUACUGGUGUAGUUCUAAUACAUCUUUUCAGAAAUCAUAUCUAAUUUAUUUGUUGUUUUUUUUGUCUUAGAUAUUGUGUCCCACAAUCAUCUUUGUCCUACAAAUGACUUGAUGUACAAGUUUGGUUCUGAUUUAACUCCGUAAUUGUAUUAAUAUUAGUUAUGUGGUUUUGGCCCUUCCCCACCUGUUGAAACUGUAACUGGCAGUGUUCUUGUGUGACAUAUCUGUCAGUGAAGCUUAUCUUCUCCUUCUGAGGACAGGGAUACAACUUUAUGGUUGAGGGAGUUCAAAUGUACCAUGUACACUACGAGUCACAUGUACUUUCCUGUGCAUUGUUUUCCUCCUUAGAUAGAUUUCUGUUCAUAUGCCAGGUUGAGAUCAAUUGUACAGUAUGUUUGUCCAAAGCUGAUAGUUUAAGUCAAACCCUUGUGAUAUAAUUUGUGAAACAUUGAACAUGUACUGUCACAUCUACAGCUUAUUUCACCUCUUGAAUAAGGAAAGAGCAGGAAGUUAUUGGACAACUAUGCCAGUUAUAAAGCCAUACAGACAGGUAAAACAGCAUCUAUUAAAUAUUUGUUAAUAGGGUUUACAAAAAACUCCAAACGCAGAAUGUGUUUGUUACCUCAACCCGAGCAGGUUGCUAAUCAGGCCACCUUACUCAACAUUGGACCAAUUACAAUGAUAAAGUACAUUCUUUAUAUAUAGUAUACAUACAAUAUUUUGGCAGCAGCGUGUUAAUGUUUUGUUAUGAAUACACAAUAAGCAUAUUGAGGGGGAAAAAAUACCUAUUUUCAAAUGUAACCAAUGAAUAUCCCAAAUAGUUUGAGCUUUGACAAAAGAGGCUAUUUGGUUCUGAGGCUACAUGUUUUACAUUGAUGACGACAUGAGUCUUUGUAAUUGAGUGGCGCUAUACGUUAUUGUGCCGGUUAAGGUUCCAUUUACUGAAGACCUAAAAAUGAACUACUUUUCCUACUCAACCAAUGACUACAGAAAUGCAGAGGUCACCUUGAGUUAUAUUUUUACCAUAUUUGCACCCAGACUAACCAAUGAUUUAUGACAUCACAGUGUACAGCAAAUAUAUUUUAGAAGUAUUGCUCAGUACAUUGGAUGAUAUACUUGUGCCUUGACAAACUUUUAUAGUAGAGACCAGAUUUAUCUUGUACCAGUGUUGCCUGAUUUAUUCACCGCUGAGACAAUAUUGUCAGUGGUUAUUAGCCCAUGAUAACUAGUAUCUUGCAAGCCAUACGACUUGUGUGCUUCAAAUGCCGUACAGAGAUGAGUGACCAGAUAAAUGUAUAGUGUUGUGCAUCUGAUUUUAUUUUCACGAAAAUGUUAAUUGCAUUUGUUGUUUAACGUCGUUGCAAUUGAAGUUUUGUCUCAAACUGCUAUGCAGCUUGAUUCAAUAUAAAUGUAUAUCUGUUACUUUUUUAAUAUAGAUUUGAUCUAUCUAGCCACUCUUGAUUGUUCAUUGCAAAGGGGAAACUAUAACGAAAUAUUGUAAUUCUGUUAAUUAUUUAUGUAGCUUUUUGAAAUAGUAUUGAUACUGUGUGCCACCGGGGUUUAUUGUUAUGAUUGGGCUUAUGUCAGUCAAGACCAACACAAAUUUCACCUAAUUCAAACAAACUUUUCAUUCAGAAUUUUUAUCACGGGUGUUUUGUUUAUAUUGUAAUUGUCAUCAGUUAGUCUGUUCACACACUUCUGUUUGUGUCCCCUUAACCUGUCAGGCUUUGGUUUGAUGUGAAAGUCUGCUUUACUUCCAUGAGGAUUUUUUCUGCUGGGGAUAGUAGUGAACCUGUUGAUAGCAUUGACGGGUUAUAGGUUUGGGGAGUGCAUAUCACCUAUGUGUUUUUACCUACCAUGUGAACAACAGUGAAAUAUUACCUUUGAAAAAAUGAAACGAUAUAAACGUAUUUUUGCUUUUGUUGGGGCAUUUGUAUACUCUUGCAAUUAUAUUUAUGUAAACCUGCUGGUAUCUAUAUUAAUAAAGAUAGAUGAUAUGUU